AUGGCCACGGCCGUCGGAGAGAGGCCUGGCCGAUGUCGAAACGCCGCAGCCGCCUCCGUGUGCGACAAACAGCAAGCAAUCAAUGUCAGAAGAAAAGUUGACUCGGACAGACAGUGUCGAGCGUCGACAAUGGAAACCACGGCACUGAAUAUAAGCGUCUCUACAUUCUACUGCACCGAGGCUCGCCACCGGCCAACUGACCACGACAGCUGA